UUUUUUUUUUUCUCACCGAAUAAACCUAACAUAACCUUAAAAAAAAAAAAAAAUUCGAAAAUAGUUUUCUAUAUAAAAGUAUAGGAAUAUGGGUAAAUUUUUGGAAUUCACUCGAAAAUUAUCAAAUACAGUGAGAUCACGUAGACGAGUUGUUAUCACUGGAAUUGGUAUUGUCUCACCUUUAGGAUGUGGCGUUGAAACCGCUUGGAAAUCAUUACUUGCCGGUAAAUCCGGUGUUGUAAAACUCGAGGGGGCGGAAUAUGAGAAACUUCCAUGCAAAAUUGGAGCCAUUGUUCCAAAAGGAAAUAAAUUCGGUGAAUUAAAUUUAGAGGGGAUAUUUUCAAAAAGUGAACUUCGUACAAUGUGCCCGGCAACGGCAUACGCUUUAGUUGCCGCUGAUGAGGCAUUAAACGAUGCAAAUUGGCAUCCAAUAAAUGAAAAUGAUAAACGUGACACUGGAGUUGCCGUUGGCGUGGGAAUGAUUGAUCUUGUUGAUGUUUGUACAAUGUAUGAGACAUUUAAAAAAAGUUACAGCAAAGUUAGUCCAUAUUUUGUACCAAGAAUAUUGCCAAAUAUGGCAGCGGGACAAAUAAGUAUAAAAUAUGGAUUUCGUGGGCCAAAUCAUUGUGUAUCAACGGCAUGUGCCACUGGUGCUCAUUCUAUUGGUGAUGCAUUUCGAUUUGUACGUGGUGGCGAGACAAAUGUAAUGCUAUGCGGUGGUGCAGAAUCAUGUAUUUCACCAUUGGCAAUUGCAGCAUUUUGCCGUCUUCGUGCAUUAAGUACAUCGCGUAAUGAAUUUCCCCAUGAAGCAUCAAGACCAUUUGACAAAAGUCGUGAUGGUUUUGUAAUGGGUGAGGGUUCAUCAAUUCUUGUUAUUGAAGAAUUAAAUCAUGCUUUGGAGAGAAAUGCAAAAAUUUAUGGUGAAAUACUUGGUUAUGGUUUGUCUGGUGAUGCGGCACAUUUAACAGCGCCAAGUGAAGAUGGUAGUGGUGCAUUUUUAGCAAUGGAUAGAGCACUUAAAGACGCUGAUUGUGAUAUAACAAAUAUUACAUUUGUCAAUGCACACGCAACAUCAACGCCAAUUGGCGAUACAAUUGAAUUGCGUGCAAUUGAAACACUUUUUGGUGAGCAUACACGUAAUAUUUUUGUUUCAAGUACAAAAGGUGCACAUGGACAUUUAUUGGGUGCUGCGGGUAAUUUAGAAGCGGCAUUCACAAUAUUGGCGAUUAAAAAUGGCAUUUUACCGCCGACAAUUAAUUUACAUGAUUUAGAUGUUGUGAGUCAAUUGAAUUUUGUGCCAAAUGCACCGAAAGAAUGGCAAUCCACGGAAAGAAGAAUUGCAUUGAAAAAUGCCUUUGGUUUUGGUGGUACGAAUGCUUGUCUCUGUUUGGCAGAAUAUCGUGAAUGAUAAAUUGUUCUUUUUUUUUGAAGCGCGGGAAAAAGAGAUUUUAAGGUUAAGACGCUCAGUCGAUAUAAUCGUUGUUAUCGACAUACUUAACAUCAAAAUCUCUAUUGUGGACCAAAAAUCAUUUUUCGACUAAUGUUGAUUAUUGUUAUUGAAUAAUAAAUUAUAUUAAAUAUACAUUUAUGACAAUAAAGUCAAUUUUUAUUUUUCAA